CACCUGAAGGAGCCCCAGCCCGAGCAGGGCUCCCCCCAGGAGCAGGAGCUGGAGGUGACCCCAGCGUGUGACGAUGAGGAGGAGGAGGAGGAGCCCGUGGUCCGGGGGGCUCCCAGCACAGUGUCUUUCAGGAUCAGCACAGCCAAUUCCUUGCUGGAAGCACGGCUGGAGGCACACCCUGGCUGGCUCCUGGUGUGCCACGGGCACUGGGAGCCCUCCCUGGGCACCCUGCUCUGCCAGCAGCUGGGCUACCUCAGCAUGACCCAGCAGAAGGCAGUGAGCCUGAGGGAUGUCCGGGUGAGUGCUGGGCAGCAGUUCCUGCAGGUGAGAGCCCGGCAGGAAGGCAGCCUGGAGGACAUGUGGCAGGUCAGGAGCAGCUGCCAGUCGGGGCGCAUCGUGGCUCUGCAGUGCUCAGAGUGUGGGCUGCAGGCAGGGGCAGUCAGGGUGGUGGGGGGCACAGACGUGUCCCCCGGGCGCUGGCCCUGGCAGGUCAGUGUGUGCCAGGGCUCCCAGCACCGCUGUGGGGGCUCCGUGCUGGCCCCCGAGUGGAUCCUGACGGCAGCUCACUGCGUGCACAGCCCGCAGCCCGGUGCCGGCAGCCCGCAGUGCCGGUGCCGCGGUUGCAGGCAGCUGCCAGCCCCGGCCUGGCUGGUGUUUGCGGGCAUGGUCACGCACGGCUCGCUGCGGCCGGAGGCGGGCGUGCCGGUCCGGGCCAUCAUCGCCCACCCGCUCUACAACGACAGCAGCCUGGACUACGACAUGGCCCUGAUCAGGCUCCAGGCGCCGCUCAACUUCUCACGUGCCAUCCGAGCCGUGUGCCUGCCGCCCGCCCCGCGGGACCUGCUGCAGGGCACGCCGUGCUGGGUGUCGGGCUGGGGACACACCGCCCCCGGCCAAGGUGGCCGGGACGCUGAAGGAGGCGCUGGUGCCCCUGAUUGGCACCCGGAGGUGCAACAGCUCCUGCGUGUACAAGGGUGA